AUGACCGACUCUGCAGAAGUUAUUGAGGACCGUGUGGAAGGUUUACAAUGUGAACGAUACCCUGCGGCCCCUCGGCCACCUGGCUGCGUCGAGCGGAGUGACCAAUCCCCGAGAAGCUCGGAAAGGCGGCGCCACCUCCACGCCUCACCUACCGUCCGGAGCACCCGGAGCGGCGACUACCACUCCCAUAAGCCCCGGUGGACGGGCGCCGCUGGCCACCAUUUCAAGAAGACGCUGUUCCCGCUGCGCUCGAUCGACGACGUGGUGCGCCUGUUCGCCGCCGAGCUGGGCCGCGAGGAGCCGGACCUGGUGCUCCUCUCCUUGGUUCUGGGCUUCGUGGAACAUUUCCUAGCUGUCAACCGCGUCAUCCCCACCAACGUGCCCGAGCUCACCUUCCAGCCCAGCCCCGCGCCCGACCCUCCCGGCGGCCUCACCUACUUCCCGGUUGCUGACCUGUCCAUCAUCGCCGCGCUCUAUGCUCGCUUCACCGCCCAGAUCCGAGGUGCCGUCGACCUGUCUCUGUACCCCCGGGAGGGGGGCGUCUCCAGCCGAGAGCUGGUGAAGAAGGUCUCCGAUGUCAUCUGGAACAGCCUCAGCCGCUCCUACUUCAAGGAUCGGGCCCAUAUCCAAUCCCUCUUCAGCUUCAUCACAGGCACCAAACUGGACAGCUCCGGUGUGGCCUUUGCUGUGGUGGGGGCCUGCCAGGCUCUGGGUCUCCGGGAUGUCCACCUGGCCCUGUCUGAGGACCACGCCUGGGUUGUGUUUGGGCCCAAUGGAGAGCAGACAGCUGAGGUCACCUGGCAUGGCAAGGGCAAUGAGGACCGAAGGGGCCAGACAGUCAACGCGGGUGUGGCUGAGCGGAGCUGGCUGUACCUGAAAGGAUCAUACAUGCGCUGUGACCGCAAGAUGGAGGUGGCAUUUAUGGUGUGCGCCAUCAACCCUUCCAUUGACCUGCACACGGACUCCCUGGAGCUGCUGCAGCUGCAACAGAAGCUGCUCUGGCUGCUCUAUGACCUGGGACAUCUGGAAAGGUACCCCAUGGCGCUGGGGAACCUGGCAGAUCUGGAGGAGCUGGAGCCCACCCCUGGCCGGCCAGACCCACUCACCCUUUACCACAAGGGCAUUGCCUCAGCCAAGACUUACUACCGGGAUGAGCACAUCUACCCCUACAUGUACCUGGCUGGCUACCACUGUCGCAACCGCAAUGUUCGUGAAGCCCUGCAGGCCUGGGCCGACACGGCCACUGUCAUCCAGGACUACAACUACUGCCGGGAAGACGAGGAAAUCUACAAGGAGUUCUUUGAAGUAGCCAAUGAUGUCAUCCCCAACCUGCUGAAGGAGGCAGCUAGCCUGCUGGAGGCUGGCGAGGAGCGGCCGGGGGAGCAGACCCAGGGCACCCAGAGCCAGGGCUCUGCCCUCCAGGACCCAGAGUGCUUUGCCCAUCUGCUCCGGUUCUACGAUGGCAUCUGCAAAUGGGAAGAAGGCAGCCCCACGCCCGUGCUGCACGUGGGCUGGGCCACCUUCCUUGUGCAGUCCCUGGGGCGUUUCGAAGGACAGGUGCGGCAGAAGGUGCGGAUAGUGAGCCGGGAGUCAGAGGCCGCCGAGGCCGAGGAGCCCUGGGGCGAGGAAGCCCGGGAAGAGGGUCCAGUGCUCACUUUCCAGAGCGAGAAGAUGAAGGGCAUGAAGGAGCUGCUGGUGGCCACCAAGAUCAACUCGAGCGCCAUCAAGCUGCAGCUCACCGCGCAGUCGCAAGUGCAGAUGAAGAAGCAGAAGGUGUCUACGCCCAGCGACUACACGCUCUCCUUCCUCAAGCGGCAGCGCAAGGGCCUCUGAACGGCACCCCGGGACUCGCAGCCAGUCCGGGGAGCCGGUCCUCAGUCCCCCUCCAGGCCCCGCCCAGCUCCCUCCGCCCCAGCCAAUGGGGCCGCGGCCCGGCCUCCGGGCCCCACCCCUACCCGGAACCCGGGUUCGGUCCGGACCCAGAGUCAGACUCUACCCCGCGCUCGGCAUUGGAACGUAGAACCCGUCCCCAGCCUCCCAGCUGGCGAUGGAAGCUUCGCGGGUCCCCAUAAGGCCCCACCUCAGACCGCGGUUCCGGCCGCAGCCUGACCAGUGCGCUCUGGGUCGCCCUCGCCCUGGGCUGAAGUUUCACCCCGCAGUCCAGACGCGCAGGUCCCGCCUCCAGCCCGGGGACCUAGGACCCGACCCGGCUCGGAGAGCGUUUCCACACUCAGAAUUCUGUCCCUCGGAACCCAAGCCCCGACCCCACAGAAUGAAGAAGGGGCGCUCCCAGGAUUUGGAGCUCCCAGCUCCCCCCGCUCCCUCUCCCACGAGUCCGGGACUCGAAACUCCUCCAGCCUGUGAAUCCCGAGCUCCGCCCCUUCCCACCCACGGGCUCCAGAUGAGAGCAGCCCCCUCCUCCGACCCUCGGAACCCUCCCUGGGCCCGGCCGUCUCGGGGGACCCCGGGGGGCAUCUGCAGGGGCUUGCCAGUGGGUGAGGGGAGCCUGACCUCUGUUUUGUACAUAGAUUUAUUUUUCAGUUCCAAGGAAGAUGAAUACAUUUUGUUAAAAAAAAAAA